AUGUCCAUGUGUCGUGUGGCAGGCUCGUGUCCGCCCGUGUGGGACGGCUGGGGCUGCUGGGACGAGGCGGCUUCUAACUCCAUGGCGCUGCUAUCUUGCCCCUCCCACAUCACCCGCACGAGCGUAGAAACCUCCUGCGCAGGCGGCGGGUUGGCCCGGCGUUUCUGCGGCGUGAACGGGACGUGGGCGCGGCGCUCCAACUACUCGGGCUGCGCCACGGCGCCCCUGGCGGCGCAGCGCCGGCGCACGCUGGAACUGGUGGCGGCGUACGGCGUCUCCAUGGCGCUGCUCGUGCCCGCGCUCGCCGUGCUCUUCCUGCUCUACAGGUAG